CCACCCUCGAAGCAGGAGUCCGAGCGAGGAGACGGCGCUGGAACCCAUGGACACGUCGUACCCCCGCGAGGACCCCCGGGCCCCGACGCCCAGCAAGGCCGACGGCACCGCCCACACGGCCCUCACGCUGGGGGCGCCGCGACCCCCACCUCGAGACCACUUGAUCUGGUCGGUGUUCAGCACCCUCUACCUGAACCUGUGCUGCCUUGGCUUCCUGGCGCUGGCUUACUCCAUCAAGGCCCGAGACCAGAAGGUGACUGGAGAUCUGGAAGCAGCUCGGCGGCUCGGCUCCAAAGCCAAGCGCUACAACAUCCUGGCCAUGGUGUGGGCUCUGGUGCCACCUCUGCUGCUCCUGGCGCUGGUGGUGACUGGCGCCCUGCACCUGUCCCGGCUGGCCCAGGGCUCCGCUGCCUUCUUCAGCACCAAGUUCGACGACUCAGACUAUGACUGACAGGCUGGGCCCUGUCCCCGCCCUGACCCAGGGACCCCAACCCCAGGGGCUCCACCCUAAUCGCCUGGAACCCUGACUUGCCCACGGGCCUGAGGCCCACCCUCCAGCCCCAGCCUGGGCACCUAACACUGACUCUGAAGAUCCUCCACGGGGACCCCAGGGCCUUACCCUCACCUCGAUGCCCCCAGUCCCCUAACCCCCCCGCCCCCAGGCCAGCUCCU